CAGAUAUCAGCAGAGAGCCGGAAGAAGAGAGCCGGUUCUAGGAGAGCCGGGCUCCAAUAAGCUUCCACAGUGGUAGGCUAGAAGCUUUUGUUUUUCGUCGUGGGAAGCUGUUGGUGGGCUCGUCGGGCCCACCCUCUCAUCGGUCAAGCUGGCGAGCGCUUUAACCGCUGGUAUGAACCCCCACCAUCCGGGCCACUCUGCAGCCUACCCGCAUCAUCCCUCGCUCUCGAGCAGUCCCCAUCAUUCCGGGCCCCAUCACGGCUACAGUACCGGCAGCGGUGGCGGCGGUGGCGGUGGCGGCGGCACUACUACCACCCCCGACCUGCCUAGCCCCCACUCGCCGCCCCAUGGACCCGGAAUCGACCCGGCAACCCCGUACGCUUCCAUGCAACCCGGUCAAGGGAUGGGCAGCAACGGGCACCAUCAUGGUGGUGCUGGAAUGAUGACCGAUCAUCCGCAUCACCCAGGACACCCGCAUCCACACUUACCCGGCCAUCCUGCUUAUCCACCAGUCAAUCACAACAACAAUUGUACACUUAAGCAAGAAGGUGGUCCGAGCGGACCAACGGGUAUCCAACAGUGCGCCGGAUGUGGUGGCCAAAUAGUCGAAAGAUGGCUGCUGUUCGCGAUGGAUCGGUAUUGGCACAACGGUUGCCUGAAAUGCUCGUAUUGCGGCGCAGCACUAGCGGAAAUCGGCCACUCGUGCUACACCAGGAGCGGCAUGAUUCUCUGCAAAAGCGACUACAGAAGGAUGUUCGGAAGCAGUGGUGCCUGUGCGGGUUGCAGCAACGCGAUACCUGCUAGCGAGCUGGUGAUGAGGGCGGGUGGAUCGGUGUUUCACCAGAAAUGCUUUACCUGCAGCAAAUGCGGCAGUCAACUCGUUUCCGGCGAUAGGUACUACCUACUGUCAGGGUCACCGGUUUGCGAGACGGACUGGCACAAAAUCGUGAAGUCGUCGAGCGUGGCAGCCGCGGCCGCCGCGGCGGCGGCCGGGAACGGCGGUGCCCCCGUAAGAAAAGGUAAGGUCGGUCGGCCUCGAAGGAGUCGCGAAUGAGGCGGCAACCCGGUCGGUCGCCCGAAGAAGGUGCAAGCCUCUCCGCAGCCGACGUCCGCCGUCGUACCGUCUCAGGUCGACGUGGUGGACGUGGCCGUCGGAGGGGAUCCCUAUUCGCCGCCUCCGCCGGGUCAUCAGCAGUACCACCAUCAUCACCACCACCAUCACCAUCAUCAUCAGAUGGGCCUUGUGCAUCCGGGACUGGCGGUACAGCAAACGCACCUGCAGGCGUCCACCUAUCAGGACUGGUCUCCGUGGGCACAGGACACCUGCGACUGAAUGAGCUACCGUGCCAGCCCGAGGUCGGCCUGUCUCACGGCUGAACGAAAACCUCACCAAGGGCGAAGGGAGAGCCUGGCCGACUCUAACGACCGGCCUGGCGCGUUUUCUCUUUCCAGCGGACUAUCGAUGUAAAGCGACGACUCCCCUGACGGAUCCAGUCUCGCCAAGUGAUUUAGACUGAACCCUACCACCUGGACUCGACGUUCGACCGCUACCGGCGAACGCUCUAGCUCCCAGCCCUAGGUUUAGAGGAUUCUGAUGAACGAGGAACCGAGCACUGGGAUAAUAACGGUGAACGAGUUUCGUUGUUCGGAGACGUGAACUCCCUGCAAGAACGUUGUUUAACGUCUUCUUGAAACCGGGGAGAAACAUUUACUUGUGCGUGCGUGUUGGCCGUCGAUCCUUUUGCCGCGCCUACCGAUCGACCGCGAUGGAUGAUCCAAGACGAAUAACUUCGAACUAACGUAUACCUCCGUUGGGUCGCCCGAUUGAUCGACGCGGACUUUUAGAGCACCGCAGCGCGCGCGCGUUGCCGCGCGUCCUUCACUGGUCCUAACCCCCUUAAUCGAUAAUCUUUGCUCAAUCACGGAGAAUCGAAGACAAUUUUCAAGUGUCUCUGUGCAUGGACCGCGUUCUGGUUGCCGUAGCGGCCGCGAUCGUCGACGCCAGUUUCAUACCGAGGCUUCGCCCCUGAUUUCGCUCGUGUUCGUCGACGUUCGGUGCGCUUUACGCGAUAAAUGGGCGUGUUAAAUUGUCGUGAUCCAAUUGACGCGUUUGGGCAUCCUGUUAACGGUGCUGGGGAUCGGUCGUUGAGUUGGUUUGUUCGGCUGAUAUCUUGAAUUUGUUAUGGCGAGUCUAUAUAAUUUCAGUUUGUUGUCUGUUUGGAUGAGUUUGAAUGCUGCAGAUCGCGCCGAGUGUCAGCCGAAUUAAUGUUAGAUCAGUGUGUAUGGAAUAUCAUUUUUUGGACCGGAAUAAGUCAUUAUCGGCAACGAUAAUUUGUCAUUUCAUUUUCAAUAUUUUAAAUAGAGAUUGCGGAAAGUAGAUUGGCUUGUUUUUAAGUGAUAACAAACUUCUUGAAUCGCAAAAAGCAGUAUGCCCUCUGCACUAAUACUGCAGUCUAAAUAGCAAACGGAAAAUUUCUGACCACUUAAGGCUUCUUUAAAUUUGAUAAUUUGGAAACAAAUUGAAGCAAUAUAACAAACCAUAUCUCAAUCAACUUUACAAUGCCACACUUGCAUCGUGCGGAAGUACAAUCUUCGUACGUUCAAAUCUGAUAAAUGAAUCAACAAAAUAACAGAUUAAAAUACAAUCGAUUUGGAUGAAAUUGAUUCAAAUUUUGGAGCAGAGGAUCGGGUACACUUUAAACUGCAAAAUAACAACAAAAUACCUCUGGUCAACUUAAUCGCAGAAGAAAUCACAAGGCACACAGUUAAACUGUCUUUAAAAAAAAAGAAAGCAUGAAAAAAGUGGUUAAAAACUAUCCGUCUUGUAUUCCUUGCGCGAAAUAGCAUCGAAGUGGUGAGAUCAACAGAGCUCGGUGGGUCCAUGAGCCCGAGGUCCGAAAAACUUGUCACGUAUGAAGCAAGAAAAUUGCGUGGACCGGGUCGGGUAAUUCCGCCGAUUGAAGCGGCGGCUCGCGCCGGGUCCUGGCCCUUAGAAAAUUAUUUUUCUUUCAAAAUUACCGAUCCCUUCGAGCCGUCGCCACCACCUCGCGCUACGCCGUGAAGAGGGUCCACUCGCCGGCUCCGUAAACUCAUUAAGCGUUCCUUGUUCCCGUGAUCGUUAAUCGAGUCUAGCGCCCCACGGAAUAAAAAAUAGCCAGCGCCACGGUGAAACCAUCGAACAAGAAAAAUUAUCAUUCGAAUCUUCCUUGUUAACGCUGCCGUGUCGUCUCCGUUUCUUGUCCGGGCGAUUCGUUUUCUUCCCCGCGUGGUCCGCCAUUUUGUAAGCAGGACUUGUCGCGCGUUACUCGAACAUCGUCCCCCGACGAACAUUUACUUACUUUCGCGUGCCGUUGCAUAUCAAGCCGCAAUAUUCUCCUUUCUCAGUGAUCAAUGUAAAAGAACAAACGAUGAAAAAGAACGAACGACGCAAUUGUUAACCGUUCGCAAGGUGGCGCGUGCGAAUAGGACUUCCGGAGCAUCGAUAGAAUCAGCGCGUCCGAUCGAUGAUCGUUUCAUCGAUUUCCUGACGGCCGAUCACGAACCCAACGAUGAUUAUUCUCGUUCGUUCGAUAAUUUCGUAACGGAGGUGCCGCGGAUCGCUAUUUUUCCAGCGAAACGUCAACGCUGGGUGCGUGGUCGGGGAAAGAAACAGAGGAGGAUCGGUGUCCCUCGAGGGCAGACGGGAGAAUCGUUGAAGCGAUGCGGAACCAGAGCACACUAUCCCGUGCCGGUGAUGUGUUUCCGACAAAUGGCAAUGAUGGACCGUGUAACAUACUUUUUCUAAGUGGCAGGGUUUCGACAUCCGCAAUAAACAAUUUACGUAAAUGUCUAAUCGUGAACACGUUACGAUGUAUCUAAACUAUCGCCCGAGCCCAGCGUCGUUUGCGACACGCGGUCCUCCCGCGGCCGGUUAGGUUGUACAAAAAAAAAGGAAAGAAAACGCGAGCGUCUCUCUUCUCUCUUCUGUUUCCCGUCGGUGUAGCUCCGGCCGGAAGUCGAAGAACGCGGGAGGAACCGUGAAACGACACGGGCUCGGGCACGUUCGAAGCUCAAUGCGAAACUAAAGACACAUGUUUUGGGUGUAAAUCACGCGGAGACGGCUCUUUUGGAUCGCUUUGCGGUGGACCGGCCUCUCUCGUUGAUCCCGACGAAGAUUGGUUUGUUUUGUAAAUUUUUGUUUCGAUGAAUCGAUAAUUUUUAACGAAUCGGAAGUAAAUACGCGUGUUUCGGCAUGAAUUUUCGAUCGAUAGAUUAAUUUUUAUUUCUUUCAAUUUUCUAUUUGUACGAUGAAAAUGAUUGUUUUCUGAUUCUUCACUUUUUAACUUCUUUAUUAAUCGGUUAAAAUUACUCAAAAGAUUUGAGUCUGUUAAUGCUUUGUUUGUCGCCCCUGGUUUCUUAAUGUAACUUCUAUCAUCAGAUUACUGAAUGAUAAGCCAACCAUUAGGCAACAAAAGAUUCUUCUAAUUCUGAACUAUAUCGAAAAUAAUUAGUUCUUUCAUCGUUAUUCACUUUCGAAUACAUUACAGAAUAAUUACAUGCAAUCAUUAGGAAUUCAACAAACACCUUGAAAUAAAAUAGAACCACCCCCUUACGCAAAACCAUGGUCCCAAUGAUACGAGUAAAGAAAAUUAACAUAGUCGACGAUUCUAAAAAAAUCGGUUAUUUCAGUUUCAGUUGCAACGGAAACUGUACUACCCCCAAGUUGUAAAUUUCAAGGUUGUUUUUUCAGAUUAAUCACACAUCUUUGCGAUGGUUUCCUAUUUUACAAAAAUUUGGGUUUAGAUAUUUUAAGAAGCAAUAUGAACAUUUCCAAACACUUUCAUAAAAUCGGUUACAUUACAGUAUACCGUCGGUUACUACGAAAGGGGAUCGACAAGCUUGCCAGUCGUCGCGAAGCGACCGGAUGACCGGCUCCGUUCCGUGCAACUGAUCGUUACUCGUUUACCCGUCUCGUUCUUAGCUGAACUUUUGUCUCUCAGACCGCCGCCGCGCGCUUACGAGGAUCCGAGGCAAGAAUGAGCGAGCAGAUGCGGCGAUUUCGACGCCGAAGAGCGGCGCGAAGCCGAUCCACAGCGGGCGACACGGUGCUUUCGAGACGAUCCACAAGAAGGGUUGAAAAAGGACCCUCUUCUCGAUAAAUCGCUCGCGUUUCCUUCGACUUCGCGCGCUGCGCUCUCAGCCAAGCCAAGGCCCGCAGGUCUCUCGCGCGCUCGCGCGGACUCGGGCCGGAACGGACCGAAAAAUAUGUACUAACGCGAACAGUGAAACCGAUCGGACGAAAAGAAAGAAUGAGAGAGAGAAAGAGAGAGAGAAAGAGAGAGAGAAAGAGAGAGAGCGAGAGAG